UACUUGGCUAAUACUUUGGUAAUGUUAAUUAGUGUCCUUAUAAAUCACUUGGAACCUUUUCUUUCUGUCUUAAUGAAUAAAUUUUGCCCAAACUGCCUUGUGUAACUGGAGGGAUUCCUUGUCAAAAUAUUGUACAUUUAAUGGAUUUGUUAUCCAUGCUAUGUAGGAGAAAGGAAACAGCAAUAAGUCCCCAACCUAGGACUAACCUAUUUUGCAUUUAAUAUCAGGCGUAAGACACCAGGUUCUGCUGGGAACAAAAAGGCCCUUGAGGUUAACUUACCAGAAAGUUCUCGAAAAUUUAUUACUUGCAUUAGGAAGUAUUUGCUGUUUUAUCUCAAACUAUUGGAGGAAACUGGAGAUAGAUGUAUUCUUGAACGUUCGUAUGCUGCUCUUCGGGCAGAUAAACGGUUUUCAUUAUGCAUUGAAGAUCUUAUACCAGUGGCUAUCGGUAGAUAUCUAAAGGCUCUGAUUUCAACUAGCUGCCAUUCUCAGACUGCUGCCUCUGGUUCAGUGACCAGUUAUGACAAUGUGCUGGAGAGAAUGUUUGCGUUGUUCAUGGAACAAGGGAGCUUAUGGCCAGAGAUAUGCAGCUUGACUGAAAUUGAAGGCUCGGAUAUGUCAGAGAGUAUCAUAUAUGGAUAUCUUCAUGACUAUAUUGUAUUAUUGGAGAAAAACGGAAAACUGGAAACUCUUGAAGCAAUAAAUGAGAAGAUUCGGAAGCGUUCUAAGAAUCCAAAGUUCUCUGACAGUAAUUCUGCAGAAAUUGGCAGGCAUGCUUCUGUCGCUUGGUGCCGAUCUCUCAUAUAUAAUUUGGCACAAAUAACUCCAUUAUUAUGUGGAUUCUCAAACGGGAUUCAGGUCCAUAGUUUGACGGAAAGUGGGAUGGAUAAUAGCCAGUUGCUCUGCAUUGAUUUGCAGCCAAAUGAAUUAUGGAGUACAGCUUUUCAAGAUCCAGCUUCUUUGGAAAAGAUUGAAACAAGAUGGAGUUCCAUUUUAGGAAAAAUAAAAAAUAUCAUCAUUAACAAAGCUUCUGAUGAGAAUUUGGAAACUGCAAACACUUUGCUCAGAGCAUGCUAUAAUUUUUAUCGGGAGAGUUCUUCAGUAGUGCUUACCUCCGGACUCAACUUUUAUUUGAUUCCAUCACAAUUAAUUACACAUAUAUCAUUCAACCCAAGUACAGCUGGGAUUGAUGCACUUGAUCUAAGCAUACCAAGGAAGCUUCUCUUGUGGGCCUAUGUUUUAUCGCAUGGACGAUGUGCAAGUAUCUCAAUUGUUGUGAAGCAUUGUGAAGAAAUUUCGAAGGUAUGUAUGUCAAAGAUGAAAAGAGGAAGUGGUACAUCACCUGCGUUAUCAAACACAUCUCCUGCCCCUAAUCUUUCAGGUAGCGGUAAAAACGGACCAAUUUCUGGCGGAGGCAUUGACUUUGAUUCUCCGCAUGUCGCAACAGUGCCUAGCGGCAAUACCACUAAUGUUGAGAAUUCACAUUCCUCCGAUGACGUUCAAAGGAAUCUCUUUGCUUCUCCCCAGUUGCAUCAAUGCACCACUAACGACACAGAAAGAAGCAAUUUGAUAGCACAUGAAGGAGAUGCCGAGGGAGAUUGACUUCUUGCUCGUCCCACCAAUUUUAUUAGUGCACCCGCUUCAACUUGUAAAUCCCAUUUUAGUGAUAAAAAAUGUAAAUAAGGUUUUAUUUGCUGAGACCUUUUAGUGCUCACAUUUUUUUCAUCACAUGAUGGCUGUAGAUAGUGAGAGAUGAUGAAUUUUAACACAAUUUAACAUUAAUGUAUAUAUUUUCUGUAAUUUCUAAAA